AUGAAAAAAAACAGACACAUCAACUUAGAUGUGGAUACACUGAAGCACGAGCUACAGCAAGAGACAGCAACCCCUAAAGCAACAGACUCACCCGUAGUCUUUGCAGUGCUUUCUUCCCGCAUAAAAAACUCCCUCGAGGACGUCCCAGAGGAAAAGCGUGCUGAAGUCAGUGCGCUAGUGGACGCUUUCCUGCAGGAAAACCUUAAAAACACAUUCAGCACGAUAAUUAAUACACAGUGUGCAGCAAUUCCUGAAACAAUCAAAAUACUCACGAAAGAAGCCGCAUACGAAGACUCUCCCGAACUCUCACGAGAACUCUUCAAUCUAAGCAGAGAAAUACGCGCUUUCAUUAGACAGCAGGAGAUCGAAUACAGAAACUUCUCUAUGCAAACUGUCAGAAAAAAGAUCAAACUGUAUAAUUACUGCAAGGAAGCCCAGCAAUACACCAUUUCCCGCUGCACGGAGAUACUCCAGAACAAAACAAUAGAAAAAUUCGACAAGACCAAGCUCGAACGUGCCCUUGCCCAGGAAGCUGAAGCAUUAGAAGUCUUCGAUCAGGGCUUAAACAGACUCCUGAAGAAAGAGGAAGAAGACAUAUCUGCUCUAGAAAAGGCUAUGGAGAAACAGGAUAUAUUGUGUGCUGAAGAAAAUAUUUUAGAUUUAGAAAAGUACGCUUUAGAUCGGAUAGUUGAGAAGUUUAGAGCGUACUGUUCUAAUGACAGGCUAAGACCUAACGUAUAUUUUUACCUGAAAGAAUUAACGGAUGAAAACAGCAAGUAUAUACAAUCAGACCAGAUAGAGUUUUUGGAGAAGUACAGGCUAAAUAGCAAGUCUAUUUUCUCUGUUAGAGGGAUGGCUAAGUAUCUAUGCGCAGUAGAACCGAAGUGCUUAAGUGUGGGAGAGACCAUGUUUGAGUGUGCGAAGAAAAUGAAUGAUAUGGCUCAGCGUUUGCUACAGUUUGCGCGUAUACAAUUUGCAGAUGCAAUAUUCCAGAAUUCAGUCAGUGCGGCUAUGAGUAUAUUCCGGACUGCUAAAAUGAAGAUGAAAGAAGACUUGCAAGAACCUGAAAAAACAGAAAUGGAAGAGUUUUUGAAGGUUCUGGUGGAAUUAUAUCGCGGGAUAGACUCGAUUCGGACCACAGCCUUCAAAGAACUGAACAUGAUCGAGGACACCUUGAAAAUAGACCAUAUACUGGAGAUACUGUCAGAUACUCGCGUGAGAAACAAAUUUGCGCGCUUUAACGAUGAUUUUAGGAAAAUACUGGAUAAAUUUCCAAAUGGGGAGAUAAAAUCAGGUUAUGAAAAGGCUUUUUAUGCUCUGAAAAACCAUCCACGCACAAAACACGAAACGGCAAAGCAGAUGCACGACAACGCCAUGGAGGCAGAAGAGCAUCUUACACGGCUGCGGGGAGUUGAUGAAGGAACAACCAUGAAAGACUGUGAUCUUAGGGUUGCAGCGUAUGAAAAAUUUGCACGGGAAACGGAAAUACCUGAUUCGGGUUAUUCAGGUGCUAUCGAGAACAUGCCGCCUGAAAGCCUGGAAGAUGGAGUUACUCCGCGUGAGGUCAAAGCCAUGCUCUCAAAUAUGAACAUACUCCAUGACAUAUGCACUGAAGAGCUGGAAGAUGAGACCAAGUCUGAGUCUGAGAAAGUAGAAUUGAAGAAAAGUCUAUCGGAAACUGAAGAAAAGAUACGGAUUCUUAACCAGAAACUUCGUUCAUUUGCAUGUUUAAGCGAGGAAAUAGUUCAAGAAAACGAGUGUCUCCGUUACGCUUAUCUGUAUAAGUAUAAGAAUGAGUGUCUUAAGCACAUAUUCACACUCCAGAAGGAGGCAGAGGAGGAAAUGGUCACACUGGCUAGGGAAGUUAUGCGGAAAAUUGAAGAGACCCCGAAUAACCCAGAAUUUAACGAAAAAGUGGAACAAAUGCUUGAAGAAAUCAUUGAGGAAGAGCCCCACUGUCUGUUGAUUCCGGAGUUUAUCGUUGAAAACGAAUACUUUUGGGAGGAACUGCCAAAGAUGGUAGAUCAGCUUGACAAGAAGAUAGCUGAAACUUUGGGGGAAAGUUCGGGCGAGAGAUCGGGUGUAAAACGCAAGUACCACCUUACGCUUCAAAAUUCGAUCUUUAUGCUUUUCUUCAUAUUUAUGCUCCUGUCGCUGGGCCUGGUAUGCAAUUCGGAAUUUGCGUGA